AUGACUUCCAAUGAUUCCAAUGCAGUAUUGGAUUUCCUCGGAGUCCAAGAACUAGUAUUUGGUGACUUAGCAUAUGGUCAGUAUGAAUGUUUUCUAAAUGAGUAUCCAGAUCUUCAAUUUCAUCAUUUGGAAUCCUUGACUAUUUCAUGUAUUGAUCAAGAUAAUAUUCAUCAACAUUUAAAACAACGAUGUGGUCUGACGUUAAAACAAUUAUGUAUCAAUUUAUUAGAACCAAAUUUAAAUGUAAUAAAAUGUUAUGAAACACAAGAAUUUUAUGGACAAUCAGUACCACAGCUGGAACAGUUAACUAUACAAGGUGUUGUGCCGUAUGUAUUUGAUCGUAGUUUAUUAUGUGAACAUUUUUCAUUACAUUCAAUAUCAUUACAUUUAAAACGUGAUUCAGAUU